ACCAAAAGCCCCAAGAGAUUCACCCCUCGGGUCCCCAGGAGCCUAAGACCAGUCAUUGUGGAUGCACAGUCCGGCGGAGGGUAACCGGGACAUUCUUUGGCCAGUUCAACCAUCCCAGCCCUGCACUGAGUCUGCAGAAACACAAGCUGUGGGGCAGGAAGUGGCUUGUGACGAUCAAGGCUUGCCGGGACACAGCAAGAAGCCGCCCAGCUGCAAGGGAACAGACUCAGUGCCUCCCCGGCAACCCUUCCUCCUGAGCAAGCCCUGCUUGAGCCAGGGACAGAGGGAGCCAAGAGGGACUGCGAUGCUGCCUGUGACCCACAUCCUAGCCUUUGGAGCUUGGCUGGUGGUGCAGAGCAUGGCUGCCACAAGUGGCCCUAAUGUAACCAUCUACCUGCAGCCACCUGGAGUGAUCCCACUGGGAGGCUCUGCCACUAUCCACUGUGAGUGCCAGUACAACGGUGGGAGCUUUGUGCUGUACAGGAAUGGGCAGCAGUUCCACACUUGGAAGCCACAUGGCAGCAGGGUCAAUUUCUCCAUCUCCAACGCCACCCAGAGUUUCUCGGGUCCCUAUAGCUGCCAUUACCUGCAUGGAGAUGAUGGGGCUGUGCUGGCUCGCAGUGACACCCUGGAGGUUCUGGUGCAAGAGCUCCAGGGCCCCAAACCUGUCCUCUCCAUCCUGCCUGGGCAUGAGGUUGCUGCAGGGUCUGGUGUGCUACUCCAAUGCACCUUCCAGUAUGCCAAUGCUGGCUGUUUCCUGUACCUGGAGGGCCGGACUGGGGCGGUCCGCUACUUCCCUGAGAGGGAAGCCAAGUUCCACCUCUCCCAGGUGGUGAAGGGUGAUGGGGGCCGCUACAGCUGCCAAUGCUACAUCAAAGAGACCCCACCAAAAUGGUUUAGCACCAGUGAGUACUUGGAGCUGGUUGUGAGAGAGUCACAGCUUCCCAGACCCUCUAUCUCUGUGAUGCCCUGGGAUGGAGCCAUCCUAGGGACACCGGCCACAAUUCUCUGCAAGUGUCCCUGCCAGGGGACAGCCAUGCUGCUGUACAAGGCUGGCAACAUCAGCGCCUGGAAAAGAGCCCAGGUGGUCAGGAACAUGGCAACAUUCACCAUCGCCCGUGUAGACCAGGAAGAUGGGGGUACCUACAUCUGCCGCUAUGGGAAUGAGUCCGACCCCAGCAACUUGUCACAGCCCAGCCACUCUGUAGAGCUGCUGGUGAAAGAUCCUGGGCUAGCCAGGCCCAGUCUGUUCUUGGAGCCACGGGGCCAUGUCCGACCAGGAACCAAUGCCACCCUGUUGUGCACCGGUGUGGGCCAGAGUGCCCAGGUUUACUUCUGGAUGGACAGGAAGAUGAUAAAGAAGACAGAGACAAAGGGGAAUGUGGCCACCUUUGUGCUGCCCCAUGUGAUGGGGCACCACGGGGGCACCUAUGCCUGCACCUACCACUCCCGGAAGCAGCCUUACCUCUCAUCAGAGCUCAGCAACACUGUCUGGCUGGUGGUGGCAGAUUAUACGUGGGGCAACACUGUGCGCCUGGCCCUGGGUGCCGGGAUCCUCAUCCUGCUGGGGCUGAUUGUGGCUGAGGCCAUGCACAGCCAUAGGCCCACACUGGGACACCUGGGUACCCUCUAGAAUGGAACAGAGCUCCUCUCCAAAUCACCAGGAGAGAAGGCGAUGCUGCCAUGGCCGCCUAGGCUGGAGGUGGCCCAUAUGCUCCCCGCAUGGGGAGCUCCCAGUAACUGCUGUUGUCUGAACUCAGACUGGUAAAUGAAUGCUGAUAUCCCCUUCUAUCUCCUGACAAUGCAAUAAACCAGUCCU